CUUCCACAAUAUGGCGUCUAAAAUGACGCAGUGUUGACACGUGACAUGAGCCGGCGCAUCACAACACUGAGGAGUGGUGCAUUGUGGGACUGAAAGAAACCGAAGACAUAACCAGGAAGUCUGUAAUGAUGUAUCCUCGUGAGGAGAAGCUGGACAAGCUGUCGCAGGAGGAGAUCAUCUCCAAUACCAAGCUGGUGAUGCAAGGGCUUGAGGCUCUGAGGAACGAGCACAACUCCAUCCUGCACAGUCUACUGGAGACUAUAAAAUGUCUAAAGAAAGAUGAGGAAGCCAAUCUGGUGCAUGAGAAGUCCGGCCUGCUACGCAAGUCUGUAGAGAUGAUCGAAUUGGGCCUUGGAGAGGCACAGCUGAUGAUGGCGCUGUCUAAUCACCUGACUGCGGUGGAGUCUGAGAAGCAGAAGCUACGGGCGCAGGUGAGGCGCUUGUGCCAAGAGAACCAGUGGCUCCGGGAUGAGCUGGCAAACACCCAGCAGAAGCUGCAGCACAGUGAGCAGAACGUGGCCCAGCUGGAGGAGGAGAAGAAACAUCUGGAAUUCAUGAACCAGCUGAAGAAAUAUGAUGAGGAUGUGUCGCCUACAGAAGAAAAAGAGGGGGAACAAUCCAAAGACAAUCUGGAUGAGCUUUUCCCAAAUGAAGAGGAGGAGUCAGGGCAAGGAAUGCCUCACCAACACAGCAGCGCGGCAGCGGCAGCACAACAGGGCGGGUACGAGAUCCCAGCACGACUGCGCACACUACACAACCUGGUCAUUCAGUAUGCUUCACAGGGACGCUACGAGGUCGCAGUACCGCUCUGCAAACAAGCGCUAGAAGAUCUUGAGAAAACCUCUGGCCACGACCAUCCUGAUGUGGCGACCAUGUUGAACAUCUUAGCGCUGGUGUACAGGGAUCAAAACAAAUACAAGGAGGCGGCUCAUCUGCUAAACGAUGCUUUAUCAAUCCGAGAGAAGACCCUUGGAAAAGACCACCCUGCUGUGGCGGCUACCCUGAACAACCUGGCUGUGCUAUACGGGAAGAGAGGCAAAUACAAGGAGGCUGAGCCUCUGUGCAAAAGAGCUCUGGAGAUCAGAGAAAAGGUGCUGGGGAAGGAGCACCCUGAUGUGGCCAAGCAACUGAAUAACCUGGCACUCUUGUGCCAGAACCAGGGGAAAUAUGACGAGGUGGAAUAUUAUUACUGCAGAGCCCUGGAGAUCUACCAGGCUCGACUUGGGCCCGAUGACCCUAAUGUAGCAAAGACCAAAAAUAAUCUGGCCUCUUGCUACCUAAAGCAAGGCAAGUACAAAGCGGCUGAGCAGCUGUACAAGGACAUACUCACACAGGCUCAUGUCAAGGAGUUUGGGUCCGUGGAUGAUGACCACAAGCCCAUCUGGAUGCAUGCAGAGGAGAGGGAGGAGCUGAGCAAGACCCCACACAAUGACAGCACCCCGUAUUCAGAGUAUGGCGGCUGGUACAAAGCCUGCAGAGUGAACAGCCCCACAGUAAACACUACACUGAGGAACCUGGGGGCCCUUUACCGACGUCAGGGCAAGCUAGAGGCAGCGGAGACACUUGAGGAAUGCGCUGUGCGGUCACGCAGACAGGGGCUGGAUCCUGUGAACCAGACAAAGGUGGCUCAACUUCUGAAAGAGGGUGAGACCCCUGAGCAGCGAAGGAAAGGACGCGAGACCCCCCGUAGUAGUGUGAAAUAUGAAAGUGGCACAGAGGGGGCAGAAGAAGUGAGUAUGGGAGGCGUAGAGUGGAACGGGGACGGUAGUGGAGCACUCAGACGCUCUGGCUCUUUGGGAAAGAUUCGUGAUGUUCUGCGCAGAAGCAGCGAGAUGUUGGUGAAAAAACUUCAAGGAGCAGCCCCCCCAGAACCCCGGAGCACAAAUAUGAAGAGAGCAGCUUCUCUGAACUAUCUCAACAAAUCCAGCGAUGAAACUUUCCAGGGUUCUCAAAAUCUCCUUUCUGAGACUAGAGGUCUGAGCGCCAGCAACAUUGAUCUUUCGUCCCACAGCUAAUGAACUGUUUUGCAGUCUGCCCUACAUAUGCUUGUGAACACUCCAAAUCCUGCCAGGAUGACACUACAGCCUGAAUAUUUAUAAUGUAACACUAUAGCAGAGCACUAUUUAUAGUGUAACACUACAGACACAGCGUGCCAUGUUACUGAUGUACCUGAUACCUGAGUAUUUAUUUUGUGCCUACAGCCCAUUCAUUUACAGUAACACUACAAACACAGCCAGGUACCAAGUGCUGAUAACAGAUUUAUGCAAGAAGCCCAGAUCUUCUAGAUACUAUUAACCCAAGUCAUGAGAAUGUUGCAAAUUACAUGAAACUCACACAAGCUAAUAACUUUUACCCUGCGGUGGGAUCUCUGGCACAGCCCCUGAUUUGUAGGGUUGAUUCAUUCCCCAAUCCUUUUGCUCAGUAGCACUUUAAUGAGUUUAUGCAUCACCAGCCCCAGUGGGAUUUCCUCUCCCCUCCAGACAGUCUAUCAUUCUUCCAUUGUCCUCGCCUUAUUGUAGCAAUGAGCAUGAUCUCUUCCCGUGUCUCCCUGAGCAUGAUCACCUCAUACUAGGACCAGUAGCUCUUUCAUAGAAUGUAAAUACCAGAGUACUGCAAUAAUCUGCACCCAGCUCAUGUUCCCCCUGCACCUAGGGCAGAUAGCCUCAUCUUCUCAUGAUCUUGCCCUCCUGCCCUGUGACUUAUUGUGUGAUGCCCAUCCCUCUGCAUUACUGCUGUGCAUCUGUUGCCAUUCCCAUAAUCCUCACUGGCGAGGAUCCUGCAGCACGUCACUCUGGUGUUGCACUCUUCUGUCAGUAAAUAUGUUGUUUUUAUGGGUGUUGCUCACUGUAUACCUCGUUGUUGUCUUUUCCUGUUUCUUCUUACAGCGUCAUUCUGAUUUUAUCUGUUUUAAAUGAGUUAUCUCAGGAAAAUAAAGACUUUCUUGGA